AUGGAUACGUUACUAACCGCGGAUAUCGUUGCCAACUCCCCGCGAUUUCGGCGCAAGUCGUCGACUUUCGUCGAUGCAAUUCACGACCUGCCUGAAAAGGCCGAUUUGGCUCCCGCGCAGCUCUACAGCACCGAAUCCGGCCGACUCUUCCACUCCGGCCGCAUUGUCAUCAUCACGGUAGGAUUACCGGCAAGAGGCAAGACGCAUAUGUCGGUCGCUCUGGCACGUUACCUUCGCUGGUUAGGUGUCAAGACAAGAAUAUUCCACCUCGGCGAUUAUCGACGUGCUACCAUCCCCUACGGCCAAGAUAUCCCUGAUGACUACUUCUUUGUCAACGCGUCGGCUUCGUCUGUGCUCCUAAGGCAGAAGAUUGUUAAGCGAUGUCGCGAAGAUAUAUACCACUUCUUGAAUCAUGAGAAUGGGCAGAUAGCGAUAUACGAUGCAGUCAAUCCCAUCGCUUCGGGACGACGGUCACUCGCCAAGGAAUUCUCCAAGCAUGAUAUAGAGACUCUGUUCAUUGAAUCGUGGUGUGACGAUGAACGCAUAAUCGAGGAGAAUGUCCGACGGGUCAAGAUAUCCUCACCCGACUACGUAGGGUGGUCUUCAGAAGACGCGGUCAAACAUUACUUGACCAGGAUAGCUGCCCGUAUCCCCCAAUUCCAGACUAUGGAGGAGACGGACCUCAAUUACAUCAAGAUGAUCAACGCAGGUGAACGUUUGAUUGUAAACAACAAAAGCUUUGGCUACCUCUCUAACCGGAUUGUGUUCUACCUCCUGAACCUCCAUAUCAAAUCAAGACACACGUAUUUUGCCAGAGCUGGCGUUUCACUGGAAGCAGGCUCAUACAAAGCGGAUGCCUCACUAUCCGAGCAAGGAGAGGAGUACGCCAAAAAGAUGACAGAGUGCUUGCUGCAGCACAGGGAGGCUGAAAGACAAGCUAUGGCCGACCAAGGGGAGACAGACUACGAACUAAAGCCGCUGACAGUCUGGACGUCUACGCGACGGAGGACAGUCGAAACCGCCAAGUAUCUCCAUGAGAAAGGAUACAAAGUACGGCAGCGAUCACAAAUGAGCCAGUUGAACCCUGGGGUAUGCGAGAUGAUGUCGGAACGAAAAAUCCGCCAGGAGUAUCCGGACGAAGUGGCGAAGCAUGAUCUUGACCCCUAUCACCAUCGUUACCCUCGAGCAGAGUCCUAUCAUGACCUUGCGGUACGGCUGGAGCCGAUUAUCCUGGAGCUUGAGCGCGAGCAGAAUGAUCUCUUGAUUAUCGCGCACGAGAGCGUAUUAAGAGUGCUUUAUGGAUACCUGAUGGCAUGCAAUGCCGCCGACAUUCCAUUCCUGGAGUUCCCACGGGACGAGAUAAUUGAAAUAAUACCCGAAAGCUAUCAGAACGAGGCGCGCCGAAUCCACAUCCCUGGUCUACCCAAAGAGAUCAUCCCUGGCUCACCCGAAGACAUCAAGAUUCCCGUCCCGCCGAGUGGGAUGAUGACCCCGCUGGCUGGGGGACUUGGCAGCCCAAAGGAAGGCCUUGCAACGCCGCAGAGCGGCCUUCGAACUCCUCGGGAGCCUGAGAGGAUCUCACAGCAGCAUGUGGAAGAUGUUGUGUAG